CUCCGCCGGGCCGGAGGGAGCGGGACGUGUGUCCGGCUCCGUCCCGCAGCAUCCCGUGGUGUGUCUUCCCCCUCUCGCCGCUCCGGGAGCUCUCAGGCCGGCCACACGCCGUCAGCACCGCUGUUCCGAUCGCUGUUGACGGCCUGCGGUGGUUCUGCUGAGCAUGGGCCUGUGAGGGGUCCGGUGUGUGCGGACGGCCCUGGCCUGGGUGAUGGCCGGAGGCGGGACAGACACCGGGAGCAUCAGUGAUGUUCGUGGGUUGUUUGUGACACCGUUAACGGCGGCUAACGGGUUAGCUGCUAGCUGACCCGUUAGCCGCCGUUAGCUACUGCCUGCCGCCCUGUUCGCUGCUAGCAGCCCGACCCGGGCCCCCGGAGCCCAGGAGGCGGCGGAGGAGGCAGAGCCGUCACUCAGCGGCUCCCAUCCUCCGAGCAAGAUGGCUGAGUUUAUUGUGCCGACCUUGAGCGGAAUAACGGGAUGACUUGUUAUUUAUAGCACCGAGCUAACGGCUCAGGUGAACUGCUGGUGAUGUAACGGUCCGCCGUCAUAACACAACCCGGGGUUUGUGUUUUUUUUCAUGGAGUAACACUCCGCAAACACACCGCCCACCGGGCCGACAGGUACACGGGCGGACAGCAUCCCGCAUUAAAAACAAUGGGAUGCUUAGCCACAAGCUAACAAGCUGUCGGAGGUGCCCGCCGGCCUCGGUCAGCCCGGCUCGGCUCGGCUCACGGUCAUCGGCAUGUAUCCGGAGCCGAUAUACGCCCAGCCGAGCCGGGCUAACCGGACCCCGGGGUUCCGCCCCGAUGACGGGGUGAAGGUCCCCCUGUUUGUGGCCCCUGACCUGGUUUACAGGAGCCGCAGGGGUCCACGAGCCGGGAGUAACGGAGUAACGGUACUCAGUUACAGCACUGAUGCAAGGCUGCAGCUGGAGAGUAACGACAUGAAGGAGUGAAACUCGGAAAAUCUGAGAAAAAUAUUAAAACUGUGUGUUGCUGCAGCAACAGCUGACAGAUGAUGCUCUUGUGAGAGUGGGUGGGGCUACGUGGCCCUGAGGCCUUAAGGAGGAGUCUCAGCCCUAAGCUCCUCCCCUCUCUCGUCCCGAGACGGACCAAACGGACGGACACACAGACGGCCGUAACUCUCCCCUCCCUCCUCCUCCUUCCCCCCUCUCUCCCCCGUUCUCCCCUCCACCAGGCCCCUCCUCCCUGCCACCCUCCCCUGUCUCCCCCCUCGUCCCCUGCCACCAUGCUGUGGUCACGCUGCUGGUCGAGAGCCUGAGGAAGCAGACUCUGGAAGGCGACCCUGCUCAGCCAGGGGACUUGUACCUGUCCCUGCUGGACCCGAAAACCCUCGCAGAGUGCUGGCCCCCAGAUGGCUUGAUGCCUGAGAGCAGCUACUGGCAGCUCUGCCCUCCCUCCAAGUCCGGCCUGCAGGGGGGGUUGCUGAGCUCUAGUUUCCCGCCCGGCCCCUCGGCGCUGGUGCCGCCUGAUGCUCACCUGCAGGAGGGUGGCGACCCCCUGGACGCGGCCCCUUCUCAGCCGCCGUCGCAGCACCGCCCCCUGGCGCCCAGCACCUCAGCGUCCGAGCUGUCCCUCCCCGGAGCGGCGGUUCCCCCUCCGGGCCCUGGGCCCCCACCCCCGCCUCCUCCGCCACCCAAACGGCACUGCCGCUCGCUGUCGGUGCCCGAGGACCUGUCGCGCUGUCGCUACACGUGGCGGCCAAGCGCCUCGCGGGUCUGGACGCCCGUCAGCCGCCAGCAGUGCCACGGGGGAGCGGGGGGAGGGGUCGCAGGGGGAGGGGUCGCAGGAGGUGGUAUUGGGGUGGGAGUGGCAGGGGGCGGAGCCUGUCCUCUCCGCGCCCCCAGCUCCUCCCUGAACUCGUCGCUGCACUCCUCGUCCAGCCCCACCUUCUUCAGCCUCGCGCUGUCGCCAGACUCGCCGCUACCGUGGAGCUUCCCCUGGGACCCCAGUGAGGCGGCGGCGGGGGGAGGAGCCUGCUGCUGCUUCUUCCCCUCCCCUUCCUCUUGCUCCUCCUCUCCCUCCCCGCUUCACCCGCCGCCGCCUCCUCAGCGGCGUUUCUCACUCUCCCCGGUGCUCAUCAGAGACUCGGCUGCCUCCACCUUCCUGCCCCCGCCUCCAGUGCCCAGCCAAGCGGCGGCGGCACCUCCACCUGGGUGCGUCAUGGCGGCAGGCGGCGUGACCACAGGCGGCCCUGUUCCCGCCUCGCCCUCAUCGGCCUGCAGCACGCCAUCGUCUCUGCGCCGCAGCCUACCGCCGCAGCUACCGCGCUGCCACUCGCAGCCAUGUGACCUGCUGCUCCUCAAACCGGGUCUGAAGAGACGCCGCGACCCCGACAGACCCUGCGCCCGGCCCGUCCUCGACUUCACCAAGAUGACACAGACACGCAGCAUCGACCCGCAGUGUCUGGAGCGCGGCGGCGGCAGGCUGGCCUGCGGCGGCGACCUCUGCAUGGGUAUGGAGCCCUUCAUGGGCGACUUCCGGGGCUCCUGCUCGCCGGCCGAGUGCCUGGGCAGGACCAGCAUUGGGCCGCUGAGCGAGAGCGACGAGGAGUGCCGUGAGGACGACGACGACGAUGAAGGAGAGGAGGAAGCGGACGAGCGCGAGGCGGCACAGCAGGCGGUGUUCGAGCGGGACUGUACAGAGCUGGACUUGAACUUAAUAGAAGAAAACUGACGUAUUUGUAAAUGAAGGCUGUUCUCUGUUCUUUAGUUUUAUUUUGAAAUUAUCUAACCCCGCCAUCCCCACUUCCUGGACCGCCACCGUCUCAACACUCGGCGCCUCCUUGCCAUAAAUCAGCAAGGCUCUCAGGAACAACACCUUCUCUCAUUGGACGAGCUGAUUGACACGACAGUGAUGAUGUGGCUGCCACCGUUAAACGCUCACCCGGAGUCUGAGGCGCCGUCGCCCGAUGCCUUCAGAUCUCUGAGGCCCAGAGUCUCCUUGCCUCAGGCGCUUGAACGCCACACCGCAGCGGUGUCCUGAAACAGCAUCACCACACCGGCCUCACCAACCUGAACCAGAACAGAACCCCGAGCUCGUCUUCCUGAAACGUUUGAGUACGAAACGUGUCAGGUGACGCUCAGGAAAUUAAAAUAUGGAUCAGGUACAGAGGAGAAACAUUCAGUCUGAAGGGUCUCGGGGUUAAAGGUUAAACUUUGCACUGUAGUGAUCAGCGCCACAGAGGGAGGGGUCAUCACUUCCAUCACACGAAAAAGACAAAGAACCAGAAUAAAAACCGAAUAUGUUUCUAAAUAUAUUCAGAGUUCCACCGACUCUCCAGGAGAGCUGUGGUAACGCUGCUCUGCUGCAGCACGCAUGAAAACAUCGUCAAGGUCAGAAUAAACAAGCCUGACCGGGGUUCAAUCGGCUCUGACCUCUGACCUUAGAGAAGAACAGGAUGUAGACUGAGCGAUAUUUCAUCUGUUCUGCUUCAGGCUCCGUUGUAAACGCAGGUUGGCGUUUCACUUGGACGCCGUCCCGUUUCACAGAUGCGACUGACGCUCAGCGACUCUGUGCUCAUUUCUGAGGCGCCGCCGUUUACUUUAGAAAAGGUUUAAAUUGAUCCAAACACUCGUGGAGUCACUGAUUCAAUCAAGCGUGAUCGCUUCAUCAUGAAAUCUGAUGUCAUACACACGCCUGUCCGGUCACAUGACUCGGCGUGGUGAUGCGUUCAGACUCCCGGCGGCCGUGCUGAGCGCUGGCAGCCACUGAUGCUGUUGUUCACCUGAGUGUUCACACAUUCCUGCUGCACACACCUGUCCCCAAAACCCCCCCGUGUGUGUGUAUGAGUGUGUAUUCAUAUCUUUGUGGGGACCGUCCCCUCGAGUUUGAAGACAUGUUUGAGACUCAGAAUGUGGUUUCAGUGUCAGGGUUACAGUUAGGCUAUGGUUAGGGAAAGCAUUAUGUCAGUUAUAUGUCCCCACAAGUAUAUGAAUACCCAUUUUGUGUGUGUGUGUGUGUUCUGGCACUGACGACACAGUCCUGGUGGUCAUGUGACUUGUAUCCAGACUGAAUCCAGACCGUUUAAAGUUUCGGGCGAACGAGUUUAGGAAAGCGAGCUCGGUCCACAUGAAGGAGUGGACACGAGCUGAUGCGAGCAAACGUCGGCAUAAUGACAAACACUUUGACACAUUAGGCUAACACGGAGGGGGUGGGGCUUAUAACCCACUCGGGGCCAUAGACUCCCAGCCCACCUGUGUAAAUUAUUAAUAUUAUAAGGGGCGUGGCCUCUUUGACCGACAGGUGGUGACAUGCUGUGUGGAUAAUUGUACUAAAAGACCAUCCAAGAAGGCUGAGCUCCAGUUUUGUGAGGAAGUUAUCAGGACAAAGUAAAGUACAAGUCUAAUAUUUGGAGUGGACGUUGCCUCUUUUCCUUCUGUGUGACUGCAGGACUUAGUGAAGGUUUGUCCCGGCAGGUGUAGCUGUUGGCGUACCAGUCGCACACGGUUGGUUUGGUUACAGGAGCAGUGUUAUAGGUCAGCGAGGGUUUUCUGUGUUACAGCGAUUACAUAUUUCUGUGAGUCUGGAUUCAGUCUGGAUGCUCAGAAACAUCGGACGCUGUGAACAUGGAAACGCUGGCUGAAAAAGUGACUUUGCUCUCAUUCUAACUUGAAACCCUCAAAAACAUAACAAAAACAGUCCUCUGAGCGUCCACUUCAUACUUUACAGUUUUGUAAGUGUCACGUUUUCGUGUCGUGUGCCCCACAAAAGCUCAACGCAGUAACUAUAUGAGACUUGACUCUAACGCUGUUAUGAUGUGUUACACGUAUGUGACGUUGGGGAGAAAACAAGUUAAAGCUAGUGUGUUCUCUCUUUACUGUUUCUAUUAUUUAAAAAAACAUCGUGAUGCUCCAACAUCUCAGUUAAACAGCUGCACUCCACCAUAAACAACAAACUGUUAAUGCUAAGCGCUAACUAGCCAAGCUUAGCAGAGCAGCAGUACCCAGAGGAGUAUCUGAUAAAGUCAUGUGGGUAAAUUUAAUGAAGUAAACUGAGAGGGUAAUGCAGAUGUUUUAUUUAUUUGAAAACUGUGUGUAAUAUUUAUUUAUAUUGUUAGAGUGUAAGACUGAGGUUUAGUUUGGCUCAAACUUUAGCAACACUUUAGCUUGUGUAGUUACUGCUGUCUGCCUUUAGGGGGCAGCGCUGCAAUCUCAUUAUUAAAUAGUUUUUUUUUGUGGGUUUCAAAGUCAUCGAGGAUGAAAUGCAGAGUUUCACUUUUUGUGACAGUUUGUACGUUUUCAUGUCACAUGAAAUAGCCGCUGGUGAUUCUGCAUUAGCACAGAUGAAGUCAGUAUUUCAAAUUUUCAACAUAUUCAGAAAUACAGUCGUCUUCCUCCAAUGCUUCACGUUUAUGCCUUUAGCAUGUUACCUUGGAAUAAAAUUAUAGAAGCACAAGAAUCUUAGAAAAUGUUGGAUGGGUUUCACUGAAUUCUUUAAACCAGCGACUCCCAAAGUCCUGAGUGCUGCAGCCCACUGCAAAACCAGAAACUCACAUGGGCCACUAAAGGUUAAAUCUUCACCCUAAUAACGUGACAAGAGUGAAGUAUUACCUUGAAAUGUUUAUCCAAAAAACUUAAAUAGCACACGCUGUUGGCUGUACGUUGUUAAUGCUACCCAGGCAUAUCAAAGUGUCAUGGCUAAGGUGUGAACCACCUGCCACUGGGACACAAACUUCAAUACAAGAGCCGUAAAUUUAGGCGAGAGUAAUGACUAAUAUCACAAACAGCCUUCUAUUAUUUUUAUUUAUAUGAAUAUGUUACUGUACACACUUGUAAUUUUCAAACUGAAUUUCUUUUAAUGAUGCGACCUGCCUACAAUAUCUUCAUAGCCCACCAGGGGGCUGCAGUCUGUAUUUUGGGAGUCACUGAUUUAAACAAUCAUUAUGAACUUGAAUUUGCAUUAAGAAAUAGUGUUUAUUCAUUAAAGAUGUUAGGAUAUAUUCAUAGAAGAUGAUUAAAUCACCUAACAAUCAUGAAAAGCGCCUGUGACACGAGAAUAAAUUGGCAGAGGUACGCCGUGGUGCUACAUGUUUAACUGCUGACUUAAGAUGAGAUUAAAGUUGUGAUAGUUGUCACUUAGAAAGUCCUGGUCAGUGCUGAAGGUAAGAAAAAACAAGGCUACAGGUUAAUUUUCCCAAACUUGUGAAAGGAAAAACCCUAAAUUCAUACUGUCUCUGUAACACACACAAACACAGUGUCCCCAUUACACACAUAGGAAAGCACACACACACACACAUGCUUCCCGCCCGCCUCCCCGUUUGGUUCGUUUCUGUUGAUUGGUCCAUAACACUCAGCAUAAGCCUUAAGUAAACAUACUCUAUUAUUCUGUAAAUCAAAACAUUAAAAAGAAGAAAAGACGAAACUAACAGAGAAGAAAAGGAAACGUGUACUGUAGCUGUUACAUUUUUAGUCCUUCUGUUCAUUUUCUGCUGUUUUUCUUAAUAUUUCUAAUCUGAUGUCUGAGCGCGGCGAGACUGUCGUCAUGAACGCAUCGUGUUUUAAAAAAAAAUGAAAGU